CAUACAAAAGUCAAAAGUCACCAGAAGUUACCAAAUUAAAACGUCAAUUUUAAUAACUUUUUAAAAAAAUAUUAAAAUAGUGGAAGCCGAUAUGUCCAUUGCAAGAAACACAGUUCUGUUACUAAAAAGCGAGAAGUCUGAAGAUGCUCAAGAUAAAUAUCAGGACAUUUUAGAGUCCAAUAAAUUUGAGGUUAUGGUUGUGAAAACAUUGACAUUUCAGUAUAAAAAUAUUGAAAUUUUGCGGGACAAGCUUACAAAUCCGGACGAUUUUUGUGGAAUUAUACUCUCGAGUCCACGGUGUGUUAACGCCUGCAGUCAGGCUUUAGGUAAAGAACGAAUUCAUGAAUUGUGGAAAUUGAAAUCAAAUUUUACGGUGGGUGAAGCCACUUAUAAUGAAGCAUUAAUAAAAAUAGGGAUUGAAUGUGAGGGUAAAGAAAGUGGAAAUGCUAGAAAUUUGUCACAGAUAAUAGUGCAAAGUAAAUCAAGUUUUAAUAAACCUUUUCUUUUUCCUCAUGGUAAUUUAAAAACUGACACGCUCAAACUCGAGUUAGGUCGAGAAAACUUAUCUUUAGAUGAAGUACUAGUGUAUGACACACUGCCAAACCCGCAAAUUAAAGAAGACUUGGAAAAAGUCACUUCUGGUUUUUCCUCCAUACCAGAAUAUUUAGUGUUUUUUAGCCCGUCAGGUUUCCACAGUAGUAUACACUACUUGCGUAAAGUACCAAUUGACUUAUCCUCACUCAAGAUAAUAGCAAUCGGUCCCGUUACUCAGCUCGCUAUUGAAGAAAACAACUUGAAGGUCUACGCCGUUGCUAAAGCCCCCACUCCCGAGGAAGUACUAAAAGCAAUCUUGUGAUAAAAAUUUAUUGAAACUAGUUUAUCACAGUUCAUUAAAUUUAUGCAUCUAAUAAAUCUCAUGAACAUAA